AUUCUUAACUUUAAAAUUUUCUAAACUACUCCUAAUAAAAAAAACUUUAAUAAUACAUUUCGUGUAAAAAGUUUGAAACCCUAAAAUAACGGAACUCAGUCUCAAGUCCAUAAAAUCAAGAAAAGAACCUCGCCGGAAACGCAGGCGAAGUUGUUCACCGCCGCCAGAAACAUCGAAAAGUUCAGGUUUUCUUUCUUCUUCGUAUUUUCUUUCUCCUCACUAGGCGCGGCAGCGCGGGCUAAGAAGCAAUUCCGGCGCGACUUCGCGGCGCACACACCAGUGAAUUGCGUUGCAGCAGAGCAAAUUUCACCUCGCAACAGGUUCAUCAUAUUUUGGUAGGAUUCACAUUAGAUCUAUAUACAGCUAUGUCUGGCAAUACAGGUUGUACCGUUUACAUAGGCAAUCUGGAUGAGAGGGUUACAGACAGGGUCUUGUAUGAUAUAUUAAUUCAAGCUGGACGAGUGGUGGACUUGCACAUUCCUAAAGAUAAGGAAACUGAUAAACCUAAAGGCUUUGCCUUUGCAGAGUUUGAAACUGAGGAGAUUGCAGACUAUGCUGUCAAACUUUUCUCAGGCCUUGUAACACUGUACAAACGGACACUGAAGUUUGCGUCUGCUAAUAAGGACAAAAGCAUCCCUAAUAGUUCUCCAGCUACGACACCCACUUCAAAUUCUUCUCAACGACCCAGGCCUUACCCUGUGCAAAUAACUAGUUCAGAAAAUUUUCAGCAUUCCCCUAAGCAAGCAAUACCUAGCCGAUUCUCAGAUCAUGCGAUAAAUUAUUCUCAAGCUCCACCUCCUCACCGCGUAACUGAUCAAUCUAGUGGGUAUGGAUCUCACUACAGUGGCAACCAGUAUGAUUACAGUCGGAGAGCUUUUGGGGAGGCAUUGGAUAGCGCUAACGGUUGCAGCGGUUCUAGGUCACGCCGCGCUGAUGGAAUUAGCUCGGUCUCUUAUUCACCUCACUAAUAUUUUCAAUAGAUCUGAGAGAUUAAACUUCCAUUAAAUUCGUUGGAAGUGAAAGUAGAAUGUGAAUGGUAGAUAGUCAAUAUCUACCAAUGCUUUAAGCAAAGCAUUGUUGUUGUAGGUGUACCAAAGUUCUUAGUUAUCCAUGUGGGAUGGUGCGUAUGAACAAACUGAUUAUCAUUUCCUUACUAUUAAGGAAUAGCUCCCAUGGGCCUCUGUAUGUUAAACUGCAUAGUUAGUUACCAAAGGAUUUUGAUUGACUGUUUAUGACAUCCAAGUAAAAUUUGUUUCAAGGUUAAUCAUA